CCCUGCCAGCCCGCUAGCCCAUCUGCCCUCUGCGCCCGCGAUUGCCCCCUUGCUCCCCGUCUUCCUUCUCUUCCCCUCGCUCCUGGGCUAGGACUGCCCCCAGGGCUAGAGCCCAGCAGCGCUUCCUCCUCUUCCUUCUCUUCCUCCUCCUCCUCCUCCUCCUCCUCGGCGUCCGCCCGUCGGUGCGCCUGCCCCCGUGGUGCUGCCGCCGCCGCCGCCACCCACCGUGUUCCAGCACAUGUCCAGAAUCCGCGGGAGCCACGGGCACCGCAGCAGCACCUCUGGUACCAGGCCCUGCUGCCCGCUAGCCAGCUCUCGACGGCAGGAUGCUGUGCUUCCUGAAAGGGAUGGCCUUUGUGCCCUUCCUCCUGGUGACCUGGUCCUCUGCUGCUUUCAUCAUCUCCUAUGUGAUCGCCGUGCUCUUUGGACACGUCAACCCCUUCCUUCCAUACAUCAGUGACACAGGAACAACACCUCCUGAGAGUGGUAUCUUUGGAUUUAUGAUCAACUUUUCUGCAUUUCUUGGUGCAGCCACCAUGUACACAAGAUAUAAAAUUGUGGAGAAGCAAAAUCAAACUUCUUUUUUCAGUAGUCCAAUUGUUAACAUGGUAUCAUUAGUCCUUGGAUUGGUGGGCUGUAUUGGAAUGGGCAUUGUAGCCAAUUUUCAGGAGUUGACUGUUCCCGUGGUCCAUGAUGGAGGUGCCCUGUUGGCUUUUGUCUGUGGUGUUAUGUAUACCCUCCUUCAGUCCAUCAUCUCCUACAAAUCAUGCCCGCAGUGGAACAAGCCUUCCACCUGCCACAUAAGGAUGGCCAUCUCUGCUGUGUCAUGUGCUGCUGUUAUUCCCAUGAUUGCCUGUGCCUCACUAAUUUCCAUAACGAAACUGGAAUGGAAUCCAAAUGAAAAGGAUUACAUUUAUCAUGUAGUGAGCGCGAUCUGCGAGUGGACAGUGGCGUUUGGCUAUUUCUACUUCCUGACUUUCAUCCAAGAUUUUCAGGGGGUAUUUGUCACAUGGCAGAAGCCAUAA